AUGUCGGUCAGCAACAUAGGGAUGAUGGACGGCGCCUACUUCGUGGGGCGGAACGAGAUCCUCGCCUGGAUCAACACUACCCUGCAGCUCGGCCUCGCCAAGGUCGAGGAGGUACCGUCGGGCGCGGUGGCGUGCCAGCUCAUGGACGCGGCGCACCCCGGGGCGGUGCCCAUGCACAAGGUCAACUUCGACGCCAAGAACGAGUACGACAUGAUCCAGAACUACAAGGUCCUGCAGGAUGUGUUCAACAAGCUGAAGAUCACCAAGCACAUUGAGGUUAAUAAGCUCAUCAAAGGAAGGCCCCUAGACAACCUGGAGUUCAUGCAGUGGAUGAAAAGAUACUGUGAUUCUGUUAAUGGUGGAUUCAUGACCAGCUACAAUGCUUCCGAGAGAAGAGAAAGCAGCAAGGGUGGGAAAGACACCAACAGAAGGACAUCAGGGACUUCCCAGGCGCCUGCCAAGUCUGCAUCCGCCACCCACAAAGCUCAGCCUCCGUCGCACGCAGCUAAGCGGGCCAACGGGCAUGCUUCAAAUGCUCCACAGCGGUGCGCAAAGCCGCCUCCAGCUUAUGAUGCACAGAUGACCGAGCUGAAACUCCUUGUUGAUAGCGCCGAGAAAGAGAGAGAUUUCUAUUUCUCUAAGCUGCGGGACGUUGAGAUCUUGUGCCAGAGCCCCGAGGUUGAGCAUUUACCGAUUGUGAAGGCUAUCCAGAAGAUACUCUAUGCUUCGGAGGACGACCCCUCGACGGUGGCGGAAGCCCAGGCAGAGAUGGUGGCGCAGCAGAACCAGAUGCAGCAGCAGCCAAUGCUGAGCCCCAUCCUGGAGGCGUCCGAGGCCCCAAGCAUCACCCCCAAGGAUUCUUCCGAGGAGAGCUUGAGGCAGGAAGCAGCGGCAGCACACAAGAGGAAGAGCAUCUCGGACCUGGAGGAGUUCGAGAUGGGGUCGAGCUCCAGGAUGAGGCUCUCAGACGUCUCGGACGUGCAGCUGUGCGGCUCACCGUUGAUGAGCUUCACCUGA